CAUCUAUCAAGAAGCGUAAAAAUGAAAAUGAAAAUGAAAUUCCUAACCUUAUUAACAUGUUCCAAGAGAAACCAGUCAAAAAGUUGUCAUGUCAUGCUCGCUAUAAUAAAAAACAAAAGCUUGAGAAAGAACAAAAUUCGGUCUUGUUGACAGAUUAUAAUGUGUCAAGACUGAUUUUACCAUUGAUAACUAGCGAUAUUAUUUUUGAUCCAAAUCGG